AUUGCUGUGGAAACCGGAAUGACACGGUCACCAUAGAAAAGUGUAGGACGUUGAUUAGCUAACAGACGAAGGAUCACAAUCAGAAACAUGGGAGCUCUCUGGAACUCCACCUGCUUGUGUUCUUCAUCCCCACUUCAAAAUAAUCCAUUGUUAUUCUCUUCUUCUUUAAGAAAGAAAAAUGCUAAUUCGUUUUGCAAUUUCACCAAGUCGUCCUUGCAGAUUUCUUGCAAACUUCCUGAAAGUGAAGUUGAAGAAAACCGUGGUAGGGUCUCCAGUAAUAAUAUGGAGGAAUACAACUUAGCGAUGAAGAGAAUGAUGAGGAACCCUUAUGAAUAUCACCAUGAACUUGGAAUGAACUACACAUUGAUAACAGAAGAUCUUAUUGUUGGCUCCCAACCCCAGAAAAUUGAAGAUAUAGAUCAUUUGAAGGAAGAGGACAAUGUUGCAUUUAUACUGAAUUUGCAGCAGGACAAAGACAUUGAGUUUUGGGGAAUAGACCUCCAGUCCAUCGUGAGAAGAUGUUCAGAGCUUGGAAUUCAUCACAUGAGAAGGCCUGCAAGAGAUUUUGAUCCAGAUUCCUUGAGGGGUGUAUUACCUAAAGCUGUUUCAUCAGUGGAGUGGGCAAUUUCAGAAGGAAAAGGUAGAGUGUAUGUACAUUGCACUGCUGGAUUGGGAAGGGCCCCUGCUGUUUCAAUUGCUUAUAUGUUCUGGUUCUGUGGAAUGGAUCUAAAUACAGCCUACGAUGCACUCACUUCAAAGAGGCCCUGUGGGCCCAACAAAAGGUCAAUACGAGGAGCUACUUAUGAUUUGGCUAAAAAUGAUCAGUGGAAGGAGCCCUUUGAGAAUCUGCCAGAUUAUGCUUUCGCGGAUGUAGCAGAUUGGGAGAGGAAACUGAUUCAAGAUCGUGUCCGGGCCCUUCGUGACACUUGAGAAUGCUGCAUGGAAGUAUUCCAGAGAGCGAGAAGCUGCCCCUUGAAGUGAAGCCCAGGAUAGCAUGCUGCAAAGUUGGCCUAUGAAUUAGGUGUUCCUGUAACGUAUUAGGUCAGUAGAUUCCUUAUAGUUGUAUACCCCUGAUAAAAAAUGAGCCCAUCAACUGAAAGUUCAUUAUUGGGGAGAACCAUGUUUAUUCAUGUUGUGUAGAACAAUAGCUUGAGGGGAUUUAUGUUCUUCUGUACAGCAGCUUACAAGGAGGUGUUCUAUAGAAUAAUAGGUUGAUAGAAAGAGGUGACUCAUUGGUUCACCUAAACCUUUCACAUAAUUCACAUACAAACCACCUAGAAUAAGUUCAUCUCUGUAAUUCAGCGAAUCUUGAUCUUAUAAGUAACUUUAACUUCCUGCAAGAUUAUCUGCCUUCUAUAUAAUUUUACUUGAGCAUCCUUACCCUUAUGGGUUUAUCACACAACAGCUACAGUGAGUCGGCUCCACAUUGCUUGGGCAGCAUGACUGAGUUAUUGGUUCUAGACUUGAGAAAGAAUAAUUUCAGUGAGAGUCUUCUAUUGUUAUGUUCUCGGAGAACUUCAUUGAUGACCACUGUCUUGAAUGGUAAUCAAUUUAAAGGGUCCACCCUGUGUCAUUGCUCAAUUGUUAUGGUUGAGAAGUCCUUGAUGUGGGGAAUAGUUGUAUAAAUCUCACAUUUUCAGCUUGUCUAGUAUUCCUGGGAGAGCUGUGGGUCCCUUAUAUUGAAGUCGUCUAGUUUCAAUGGUCUAUAAGUGCUUGGCAAACUAACUUUUGUUUUCCCAUGUUGCGGAUUUUUGAUCUUUCUACCAACAAUUUUAGUUGUUCAUUGCUGGAGAAAGUUUAUGAAAGCUGGAGAAUGAUGAAACCAGAUGACGCAGACAUGAAAAAUAUCUUCAAAUUGUGCAAUGAAAUAGGGUAGGUCCUUCCAAUUCAUUAAUGAAGUGCUCGAGUACAUAAUGGUGGAAGACUCUCACUGAAAUUAUUCCUUCUCAAGUCUAAGCAGCAAUAAUAGUUCAACCAUGCAAUGUAGAACUGGAUCGCUGAAUUUGUAAUGAAUCUAGAAAGGUAAGAUUGCUUAAAGUACAUAGAAAAGGUAUAUAACCUUGAAGGAAGUUAAAUUUAAGUUCAACUGUUCAAGAUACUCUGGAUUAUAGUAAUGAAGUUCCAGGUGGCUUGUAAGUGAAUUAUGCGAAAGUUCUAGGUAAAUGAAUGAGUCACAUCUCUUUUCUAUCAACCUAGCACUCUACCUAACACUUCGCUGUAAGUAGUUCUGUCUUUGCCCACAACAUAGAGGCUAAUAAUGCUUCAAUAUUCUCUUUAAUUCAGCUGAGACUUUAUGUAGGGGCAAAUGGCUUUGCUGGUCCCGCAUCACCAGCGCACAAUUCCUACUAUUAAUAAAAUGAAAACCUUAAUUUGAAA